CGCAGGAAGAGGCAGAUUUAGCCAUCACAUCUGAAACUUCAAGCCUGGAGCUCAAAAUGCCAGUCACCUUUGAGGAUGUGGCAGUAAAUUUUACCCAGGAAGAAUGGGAAUGUCUGGAUGCCAAUCAGAAGGCCCUUUAUAAGGAUGUUAUGUCAGAAACUUUCAAGAACUUGGCAUCUGUGGAUCUGAUCACCAAGUUCGAGCAAGAAGAGAGGGAACAGAGGAAAAUAGAUCUCUCUCUCUCAAACACAACAGGUCUGCUUUCAGGAGGCAAGAAGGAGAAACAUCAAGAACGAGGUCAUAAUCUGAGAUGUAAGGGGAGUCGUGAUAACAUCUCCCUUACUUGCAGAGGGGCAGGCCAGAUCCCACACUCUGUUCCAGCUGGGGCUAUGGAUAGGACAGUGUCACAAGCUGGGCCACCUUUUUUCUGUCACACCUGUGGCAGGUGUUUCAGUAAGAGCUCCCACCUCCAUAGACACCAGCUUGUUCACAGCUCUAAGUGGGCUAAUAGCUGCAACCAGUGUGGGAAGUUAUUUUGGAGUUCUGAGGCUAUCACUUACCACAGGUGCCUGAAUCAUAGGGAAAGGCCUUUCUGUUGCACACUCUGUGACAAGACCUAUUGUGAUGCUUCUGGAUUGAGCCGUCACCGACGUGUACAUAUGGGCUAUAGGCCUCAUUCAUGCCCCAUGUGUGGAAAGUGCUUCCGGGACCAGUCUGAGGUCAAGCGCCAUCAGAAGAUACACCAGAAUCACAAGCCAGUGGCUGGACACCAGAAACAUAGGAAGAGUACAGAUAUAGCAGCUGGAUUCCAGGCACCUAUCCUCCCGUGCCAAGAGUCCAUCCAGGAACUUGUGGAUACGAACCAGGCAUCAGUUGCCAGGACCAAGGAACCUAUAUUUAAAAUCAAGAGUUCUAGGACUAGGACCCAGACAGCUAACAAUAGAACUUCUUGCCUGGAUAUCAGAUCCAACUCUCCAGUGAAGCAUUCAAGGUUCAAAGUCUUCUCUUGUUCCCAUUGUCCCUUGACUUUUAGCAAGAAAAUCCAUCUCUCCAGCCACCAGAAGACCCACUUCAUAGAGCAACCCAACCACUGCUUCUAUUGUGGCAAGUCCUUUAGGUCAUUCUCCCAGCUGGUCAACCACCAACAGACCCACUGGAAGCAGAAAAUCUACUGUUGCCCCAUCUGUGACCUCUGCUUUGGGGAAAAGGAAGGCCUUCUGGGUCACUGGAGGAGCUAUAAAGUCAAAGGACAGGGCACAGGCAGCCCACAUCAAUGCUGGGUGAUCUUGGGACAGUGGCUUGGCUUCUUUCGUGAUUCCUCGCAGGUAGGAAGAAUUGGAAACAUGGAAGAAAUGGAUCUCUUAGGAACCUCAGAAGAAAAGGGUGAUGGGAAAAAACAUUCCAGGAAGACAAGGCGAAGCAGGCAGUAA